UAUUGAUUCAAAUUUCUCCGUCCGACGCCGGCGACUGCAAGCCUGAAAUCUCCGGCAACGAAUUUUCAAGAAUUUUCGAGUUCAAUUUUUCUGUCUGCGAUGGAAACCCCUUUGUCCACAAGAAGAGUGACGAGAUCCAUGGCCGCAGCUUCUGCUUCCGCCGGCAACACCAACAAUAACAAUUUAAUCUUGUCAAAGAAAUUAGAGGAGUCUGAAAUGGCGGCAAGGCAGAAGAGCGGCAAGCAUCUGAGCAAGAAUCAAGAUCGAUCUGUACUCGUCGACAUAACGAACAAUUCUCCGAUUGUGGGGCUUGCAAUGGGGAGCCUCGAGACGCCGUCGUCGGCAAUGUCGAAGAAGAGAGGGCAAUGCGCUCGAACUCCGGGUUCAGGUGAGGCUCUAUUGAGAGGCCAAGUGAAAUCCCUUCUGCAGAAAGUUGAGGAAGAAGCCGAAGUGUCGAAAAUGGCUUUCGAGGAUCGGCCUUUCUUCAACCUUCAAGGCCUCAUCCGCUCUCCGGCGAACCUUAUUGCCGCCCCCACUCCAGCGAACACGCCGCAAGUUCUCAACUUUUCCGAUGAUCUGUCGACCCUCACGGCCUCCCCUGUCAGUGAGAAGCUUUUGAUCCCACAGAUGAUAAAUGAGGUGAAGGCAGAGGAGGGUGAGAAUUUGAUCACAAGGUCAUUGAUGCUGGAUUUCUCAGAGAAGUCGACAGAUUCUUGCUCGGAAACACUGAGUUAUGAAGGAUCGGAGCAGAGCAGUAAAGAUAAAUCAUCUAUGGAUGAUGACAAUGCAUCGAUUUGGUCUAUUCAGGUUAACCUAAGCAGCAGCCCUAGGAAUGAUUAUGGUGGUGAUGAGGAUGGUGGUGAAGAAGAUGAAGAAGGGGUUGAUGAGCUUUGUGAAGGAAUGAGCAAGAUUAGGGUUGCAGAAGAGGAUAAUAACAAUAAGUUGUUGUUUAUGGGGAAGCACAUUCGAUUCUUGUAUGACAGUGAUGAUGAGCUUCGAGGGCAGGAAGAAGUUGUUGAUGACGACGAUGAUGAUGAAAUCGAUGGUGUGGUGCGUUUGAAAGGGCUGCCGACGCCGAAAGGGAAGCACCUUCGAUUUCCUCAGGAAUCAGACAGCUGUUGAUUGAUGAUGAUGAUGAAUACUCUUACUUAAUUACUUACUGUUCUUGUUUUUACUACUGGUGUGGGUGUGGGUAUGGGUGGGUUGUCUUGCUCAUGACACCAACCUCCUCCUCCUCCUUUUAUAUGAUUGAUGUUUAAGAUUUGUAGCAGCAGCCAGCAUUCCUACCAUUUGUAUGUUUGUUAUUUUGGUUGGUGGUGUGGUGUGGUGUGGUUAGACAGACAGAUAGAGAAGAGAAAUCCAUAAUUUCUGACUGAUACACACAAUUCAUUCAUUCGACUGAUUAAAUCAAUCUGUCUGCUUUGGUUUCUUCAUUUGAGAGAGAGAGAUCUAUGAUUUUAUUCACAGAAUUUCACAUCGUUUGUAGAAUAAAUUUUGGAGUUUGCAUGUAAUAUUUGAUGAGAUAUAUUUA